UACAGAUCUGCAGUCGCAACAUGAUCUGCAGAUGUUAAUCAGCUGGUUGCUUGGGACUUUGCAUUUUAGCGCUGACUGUUAAAAGAGGAAGUUCCUGCCCCAGUGUUGACCAUUAUCACUUGAAAUCGGUGAAGUUCGUGUUCAGGAGUGACGAGCGAUUACCAGCUGGUAUUGGAGGAAUUCUGCCAAGCGCACGGCGUGAUUCCCCGUGGAGGCACGUGGGUGGCUGCUUUCACUGGCUCACUGAUUUUAUGUGAUUAUCGUCCGAUUGGCCAGUCACUGAUCGCUGCAGAGUGAAAGAGUGAAAGCGAAAGUUAAAAUAAUAAAAAAAAAGAACAAAACAAAAAGAGCAGCGCAGUUUGGGGCAAAGGAAGAGAAAAGCUGAAGGGAGCACAGAAAAGCAGAGGCUGACUUUGGCUUUAAAAAGCAUGACUGGCUGAAAUAAUCUGUGCACAGAGCUAAUAAAUAAAAUGGACUGCUUAUCUUAUAAACUUGAAUAAUUAUUUAUCUUGUCAUUCCUUUUGAAGUACCCAACACCCUGAAAACCAUGCUUCAUUCAGCAGAUCCAGUGACUGCUUCCUACAAAUCCUACCUAAUAACAGAUCCAAUAGUAAACUCGUGUGACAUUCCACUGAAGAAAAGGAAAUGCGAUUUUCAGGCUAAUGGAAGUACAGCUGGACAUUUUGGAGUGACUCUCAUUAACGCUACACAUAUGGUUUUGCAGUUGCCACCUAAUUCAAAUACUGGUUUUCCUAUUUGGGAUUCAGUGCAGAACUCCCAGGUUGAAGUUCUUUGGAAAGUGACUCCUUAUAAAAUUGAUAUUUGCAUAGUUCCUUUAAGUACAGUCAUGAUCCUUCCUAAAUCCGACUCUCAUACAGUACCGGAGCCACAGAAUAACAAUUUCCCUCCAUCUACACCUGAUUUGGCCUCAACAUUUUAUGAGCCUAUUCCAAAAGAUUUAUGGAUUAAUCAAGCCACCUUUCUUACAAAGCAAAUGGACAACAUUAAAAUUUGUGACAAGUUUCUUUUAGGAUGCUGCACCCUUAAUUUUGACUGUAUUCAACAUCACACUCCCUACCCUUUCCACUGGCAGCUUCGACGGAAUGACACAUACCAAUGGGUCAGUGUGUCUUAUGCUGCACAAAUGCACUUGGAGAAGCUCUACUGCAAUGCUGACAAAGAUAUAGUCACUUUACAGGAUUCUAAUCACACCUGCACACUUGAUUUGGUACAGAAGACCAUUCUUGACUCCAACAUAUACAAUAAAGCCAGAAGACUUUCGAACACAUCAGAUGCAAAAGUGAACCCUCAUUUUCAUACCACAUGGAGGAUUUACUGGUGGAAUGAUUAUGGCUGGGAGAAAUACAAAAAUUCAAUUGCAAAUCAACUUGAAGAAAAAGUUAUAAAUGGUGAAAGUAGCUGCUUAUUUACAUUGAAAGGCAUUCAGUAUAUGGUGGACUUUGGAAGCCUAACCCAGAAGAACACACUAACAGGAUAUGUACGUAAAAUCAAGAGAAGACCGGUUUUUCGCCCUCUGCAUACCCUACUACCUCAUCUCAAGACUUUGAUGCUAAGUGAGGUCCGUUUUAAUGGACAACCUUUGCCUCAGGUACGCUCUGGUAACCCGCUAGAUGAAUUUACAAGUUGGUAUCCACCUGUUUGGACCCCUUCUUUCAACAAGGAUGAAUUUAUAAAAAUUGAAGUGAAACACUGUAAAGAGGUCUAUCUAAAAAUAAACCAGCUUUUCCACAAAACAAUCCCUGAUACUGAAGUUGAGAUUGUGAAUGUUUACCAAAUACAGAAUACAUUUUUGUGGGACAAGUAUAGAAGGCAAAAAGAAUUUAUGUGUAUCAAGUAUCAUGACUGCAAGGACUCCAUUGAGAGACAUUUGUUUCAUGGAACAACAGAAGCGACAAUAGACACAAUUUGUAAAAUGAACUUUGACCCACGGGUGGCAGGCAAGAAUGGAACUGCAUAUGGCAGAGGAACCUACUUCGCAAGGGAUGCCAGCUAUUCAAACGGAUAUGCUCAUAAAAACUUGGAAGGGUUUCAGUUUAUGUUUCUUGCCAAAGUUCUCAUUGGGAAGACAGAUCUGGGAAAAAAGAAGUACCAUCGUCCUCCACCGAUUCAUCCUAAAUGCAAAGAAAGUGAACUUUACGAUUCCUGUGUUGACCAACGCUUUGACCCAGCAAUCUUUGUAGUUUUUGAUAGCUGCCAAUGCUAUCCUUUCUAUCUAAUCAAAUACCGAACUUUACCAAAUGUUAUAAAUAUAUUUCAGUAAUUCUAUCAUUUAAAAGGCGUAAACGUCUCCAUAGUGGUGAAUUUUCACAGUGUAAUUAAAAAUAUUUAAGCCGUUAAAGUUUUUGGUAUUUGGUACACUGUAUUUAAUCCCUGAAAAUAUCCCUGUCUUCAUAAAAAUGUAUUUUUUUUUGGAAGAUAAAACAAAAUUUUAACAUAUUAUGCUUCAUAUUCAUCAACACGUUUGUGUGGUAAUCCAAAGAGAAAGUUGUGUAUUGUGCAAUAAAUUGUAUCCUAUUAAAAUAUAUUCUAUCCAA